AAGCAGAGGUAAGCAGGGCAGAGAGUAGAAACAGGAGCACUGCAUUACUGGUAGUGGGAGCGUAAAGCUCUCUCCUCUCUUCUUCUUCUUCUUCUUGGCGUUUUCCCUCAUCUCCUUCUACUAGUACUAGUACAUCACCCUCCCACUCUUCUUCAUCUUCCGCCCAGCGAGGUUCGUCUGGAUGUGAGCUGAAUCUCUCCGUCUGCCCAAGUUGAUUGAGUUGGUCGACUGAAUGGGAUCAAGGAGACCAAGACUGCCUGGGUUUGGUGAGGACUGUGAGCCUCGUGGUGGUGGGAGAGGAGGAGGUGGCCGUGGCCGUGGCAGCUACUACCCACAGGCACAGCAAUACCACCCACAAGGACAUGGUGGCCGUGGAGGAGCAGGCUACUACCAUGGUGCUGCUCCUCAACCUCGCGGCGCAAUGGUGGUGCAGCAAUGGCGUCCUGCUACUGCUGCUGCUGAGCAUUUGGGCCAUCAACAGCCCUACAACAGCAGUGUGAGACCACAGCACUAUUAUGGUCCGUCUGCCAUAGCUCCCGAGCUGCUCCAAGCAAUGGAUGCUCCACAUGAGCCUCCUGCCAAUGUCUCCUCACCAGAAGCAGCCUCUCCGGAGGCAUCAUCACCACGGUCUCUUGCUCUUGAGGUCACAGAGCAGCUUCAGGACUUGUCUGUGCAGUACCAAUUAAGUGAGAGCCAGGAAGAGAUUGUCCAACAUGUUCCUGUGUCCACCAAAUCAUUUAAAUUUCCUCACCGCCCUGGAAGUGGGAGUAUUGGAACCAGAUGUUUAGUGAAGGCGAAUCACUUCUUUGCUCAACUGCCAGACAAGGAUCUUCAUCAGUAUGACGUUUCAAUCACCCCGGAGCUUACAUCACGAAUUCGGAGCCGUGCUGUGAUGGAAGAGUUGGUGAGACUGCACAAGAUGUCAUACUUGGGAGGACGUCUUCCAGCCUAUGAUGGUAGGAAGAGCCUUUACACGGCCGGUCCAUUGCCGUUUACUUCAAAAGAAUUUCGCAUCUCUUUGCUUGAGGAAGAUGAUGGUUCUGGUUCGGAGAGGCGUCAGAAAACAUAUAACGUGGUGAUUAAGUUUGCUGCAAGAGCUGAUCUUCACCGUCUUGAGCAAUUUCUAGCUGGAAGGCAGGCAGAGGCUCCCCAGGAGGCCUUGCAAGUUCUUGAUAUUGUCUUGCGAGAGUUGCCAACAGCAAGAUAUGCACCCUUUGGUCGAUCCUUCUUCUCUCCUGACCUGGGGAGGAGACGAUCCCUCGGUGAGGGACUAGAAACCUGGCGUGGGUUUUAUCAGAGCAUUCGUCCUACUCAAAUGGGCUUGUCACUGAAUAUUGAUAUGUCGGCAACUGCUUUCUUUGAGCCGUUACCAGUCAUAGAUUUUGUCAUACAGCUUUUAAAUACUGACAUCCGCUCGAGGCCCUUAUCAGAUGCUGAGCGUGUCAAGAUCAAGAAGGCCUUAAGAGGAGUGAAGGUAGGAGUUACUCACCGUGGCAACAUGCGCCGGAAGUAUCGGAUAUCUGGUUUGACAUCUCAGGCAACUCGGGAACUGACUUUUCCUGUUGAUCAAGGAGGCACAGUGAAAUCUGUUGUACAAUAUUUUCAAGAGACAUAUGGAUUUGCGAUCCAGCAUACCUAUCUUCCUUGUCUGCAAGUUGGCAAUCAGCAGCGUCCAAAUUACCUACCAAUGGAGGUCUGCAAAAUAGUGGAAGGACAGAGGUACUCCAAGAGACUGAACCAGAAUCAGAUAAGGGCUCUUUUAGAGGAGACAUGUCAGCGCCCACACGAUAGGGAGCGUGACAUAAUUCAGAUGGUGAAUCACAACUCCUACCAUGAAGAUCCUUAUGCAAAGGAGUUUGGCAUUAAGAUCAGCGAGCGUCUGGCCUUGGUUGAGGCACGGAUUUUACCUGCCCCUCGGCUCAAGUAUAAUGAGACUGGCAGAGAGAAGGAUUGCUUGCCUAGAGUUGGUCAGUGGAAUAUGAUGAACAAGAAAAUGGUAAAUGGUGGUAGAGUCAGGAGCUGGAUAUGUGUCAAUUUUGCUCGAAAUGUGCAAGAGAGUGUUGCUAGUGGAUUUUGUCGUGAACUGGCCCGCAUGUGCCAGGCCUCAGGAAUGGACUUUGCUUUGGAGCCUGUUCUUCCAUCUAUGUAUGCACGUCCUGAUCAAGUGGAACGAGCUCUGAAAGCCAGGUUCCAUGAUGCAAUGAACAUACUUGGGCCACAGCACAAGGAGCUCGAUUUACUUAUCGGACUGCUUCCUGAUAACAAUGGUUCUCUUUAUGGUGAUUUGAAGCGUAUAUGCGAAAUUGACCUUGGAUUGGUUUCCCAGUGCUGUUGCACAAAGCAAGUGUUUAAAAUGAACAAACAAAUCCUAGCAAAUCUUGCUCUGAAGAUAAAUGUGAAGGUUGGGGGAAGGAACACUGUACUGGUUGAUGCAGUGUCGAGACGCAUUCCGUUGGUAACUGACAGGCCUACUAUUAUAUUCGGUGCUGAUGUCACCCAUCCUCACCCUGGCGAAGAUAGCAGCCCAUCCAUUGCUGCUGUUGUGGCCUCCCAAGAUUGGCCUGAAGUGACAAAGUAUGCUGGUUUAGUUUCUGCUCAAUCUCACAGACAAGAGUUAAUAGAUGAUCUGUAUAACAUCACGCAUGAUCCUCAUAGAGGGCCCAUCUGCGGUGGAAUGGUCAGGGAACUUCUUAUAUCCUUCAAAAGAUCAACUGGUCAAAAGCCUCAACGGAUAAUAUUCUAUAGGGAUGGUGUUAGUGAAGGGCAAUUUUACCAGGUUCUAUUGCAUGAGCUUGAUGCAAUCCGAAAGGCUUGUGCAUCACUCGAAGCAAAUUACCAACCGCAGGUGACUUUCAUUGUGGUUCAGAAGCGCCACCACACGAGAUUAUUUGCACACAACCACAAUGAUCAGAAUUCAGUCGACAGGAGUGGGAACAUAUUGCCUGGUACUGUUGUUGACUCCAAGAUUUGCCAUCCUACGGAGUUUGACUUCUUCUUGUGCAGCCAUGCUGGAAUCAAGGGCACAAGCCGUCCCGCUCAUUACCACGUCCUGUGGGAUGAAAACAACUUCACAGCUGAUGCGUUGCAGACCCUCACCAACAACCUCUGUUACACUUAUGCGAGGUGCACACGAUCCGUAUCUAUUGUUCCACCAGCAUACUAUGCUCAUCUGGCGGCGUUCAGAGCCCGUUUCUACAUGGAGUCAGAUAGCUCGGACAGUGGUUCAAUGGCGAGUGGUCGUGGAGGAGGUUCGUCUACAUCGCGCAGCACUCGUGCUGCAGGUGGUGGAGCCGUCAGGCCCCUUCCUGCACUCAAGGACAGCGUCAAGAAUGUCAUGUUCUACUGUUAGAAUUCUACUACUGCUUCGCUUGGCUACUACUAUCAGUUAGCCUUUAAAUUGCCUCCCAUUUGAUUGCACUUAGUUGUUCAUCAUGGGAAGCCUCAAAUAAGAAGUAUGCAAGACUUCUGAAGCCACAUGCUAUCAUGUUGUGUGUUUCUGGGACACACCAUUCUAUUUCACAUUAUCUGUAGACUCUAUCCCACUAUUUCAUAAAAGCUGGGCUUCCCCUGGCUCUAUUUGUACUCUAAUUCGUAUGGACCUGUUUCAUCAUUUCAAAAUGGUCAAUUGUCUUGUUUGCAUUUGGAUUUUCGAAA